AUAUAAAAAAAUGACUUGAGAUUGGACACCGUCGCUGCGAUUUCUAGCAUUAAUUUUACUUAUGAUUAUUCAUACUUACAAAGCAAUAUAGAAACUGAGAAGCAUUGUUUUUUUUUUGUCUGGGCACAGAAAUCUUCAACAGGUCUCGCUUACCCGUGCUAUUGUGCCUUCUUUGUCUUUAACUCAAUCUAUGCUCAAUAUUGUUUCAGAUAUCACAAUGACUUCGACAUCUUUCAACGUUGGCCUCACUGACAACACCCGGCUGUCGAGCAGGGUCCUCCGUCCUCCGGGUGGCGGACACACGGACAUCUUCGGCGGAGAGCCGGAGCCACAGCGUGGCCGCCGCCCCGCUCCUUCGGUUAUUGCUGCUCAACAGGCAGAGCAACAGAAACAAACUAAUGGCACAGAAGACGCUACCCAGAACGGGCAAGCGACCCAGCCUGAGCAGCAAGCGGCUGAGCCACAAACUCCUCCUACGCCACAAACUCCUCCUGAGCCAAAACCGGCGGCUGAAAGUCUUAAGACAGAAAGUCCGCAAGCUCAUGUACCCCAACCUGAACCAGCCAAAGUAGAGCCCCCGAGACGCCAGCGUGUGCCUCCAGGUGGCUUCUCUUCAGGUCUCUGGUAAUAAUGGGUGACCGACUGCAUUAAGCUUACCGCGGCGCUAAUAUCGUUAAGAACUAACUGAGACCAGUUAAUUUUAGGUUAGUUUCGAUCAUAUUCGUCGUGCCUUCGUUGAAUGCUAGUAGCUUUAUUUUGGUUGUAGGUAGGUAGUUUUUGGACUAACUGGUCGUAAGUUAGUAUUCUUGACUCUGUUUGCAUAAGUGUACUUUAUUCCUCGCAGAAGGCAAUUUAUUUACUGAAAUGUAUCGCGGUCACUAGGUAUUAUUUACUAGAAUAGAUUAUUUUUUAUUUUAACCAUGUAUCUUAGCUUGCGGUAACUUCCUAGCCCAACUCUCUAAUAGACUUAGUUUUGCCACAGACUUUUUACAUUGACUUUUUAAAUACAUUCUCUUAUAUAUAUUGAGAAUCUUGUAUUCUAUAUUUACAAUGUUGUCUAUGGUCAUUUAGAAUUUACUCUUUCUUCUAGAGUAUUCUAGCGCUUACAAGUCUGAAAACGGAGACUCCUCGUUCUAAAUUUAAUGAAAAUGUUGUAUUUUAUCUCUGACUGAUAUGUGCCUGUAAUGAUGUUGUAUGUACUUAAAAUAUUUGUCUGAAUUUGCAUUUGAAUGUUUUGCAGUUAGCGUUUUUAUUAAAAAUAACAAUUGUAUGCCUUCGCUGGCAAUGAUGCGAUUAUGUAUAUUGAUAACUGUAUUUUUAUAUGAAUUACAAUACAUUUUAAUAACUAAAGCA